AACGCGUCAACAGCUUCAAAGCUAGUGGGCCGAGGAACUACGCGUUCGUAGGAGGGGAUAGUUCUACCGCGGUCUCGCACAACAUCAGCUCUUAUAGACGUACACAGCAUAGCAAGAAGUACAUUCGAAUAGCAAGCUCCACAGCUUCAAUUGACCAUCUUCCUUGCCAACUACUUCUAAAGUCUCUCCACACUUGUGAAGACCAGCGACAAUUUGUGUGAAGAUGACAACAAUAGUCGACAGAACACCAGAAGGCAUCGUCUACCGCGCCGCAAAAACCUACCCAGUCCCCAACCUCGACAUCCUGACCCUACUCUUCGACUCCGAACACCCCCUAGCAAGAGAAGACACACCAAUCCACAUCUCCGCCGCCGACCCCUCGCUUAUUUUAACUGUCGCUCGAGCACGAAAAUUAACCCAAGCAACCUCAGCAGCCCUACGAAAACAUUUCGGAAUUGGAAAAAAUGGACCAGGCAAAGACAUAUGCUCAGUGAUCUCAACGGGGCACUACCUCCUCCCGGCGCUCUUCUACGGGAUCAUCGGCGCCGGCGGCGUGUUCAGCGCUGCCUCCGCUGCUUCCACUGCUAGCGAAUUAUCAAAACAGAUUAUCAGCGCGGGAAGUAAGAUUUUGGUAACCUGCGAUGCGACACGAGAUGUAGCUGUCCGAGCGGCGGAGGAGGCGGGAUGGGGACGGCACGGCGGUGGAAGAGUAUUGCUGAUGAGCGAGGGUGCGGAGUGGGCUUUGAAGGUCGUACAAGAGGACGGUCGAUUACAGCCGAAUUUGAUUGAUGAAGGGGAGAGGUUGGAGUGGGAGCGUGUUACGGAUCCGAGAGUGCUGGAGAAUAGUCUUGUGGUUCUGAUAUACAGCAGCGGGACGACGGGUCUGCCGAAGGGCGUCAAACUGUCCCAUACCAACCUCGUCGCUGAAGCAGUCAUUCCAGGCGACAUGUUCAAAUCAUGGCUUUCCACUCGCAACACCCGCUCCCCGCCUUUCGAAUACCGCACCAUUGCGCACCUCCCCGUCGCCCACAUCGCCGGCAUCCAAGGCUACCUGAUCAACCCGUUCUACAUGGGCGGUCCCGUGUACUGGAUGCCGCGGUUCGACUUCGCCCAAUUCCUCACGUACAACGCAAAGUAUCGCAUCACAUUCUUCUUUACCGUGCCCCCGAUAUACUUGCUGAUCGCCAAGAGUCCCGCGGUAACAGACCAGUUCAAGACGGUAGAAAUAGCAAUCAGCGGCGCUGCACCCCUAGGAAAAGGCCUGCAGCACGCAGCAUCCCAGAAACUCGGUGGGCCAGAAUGUUUCAUAAGCCAAACCUGGGGCCUCAGCGAAACAACAGGCAGCGCAACGAUAAUGCCAAUGCACAUGUCCGACGACACCGGCUCCGUGUCGCCGCUAAUCCCCAACAUGCUGGCGCGCAUCGUUGAUGACGACGGGCAGGACGUCGAGCCCGGGCAGCCCGGCGAAGUGCUGGUCAAAGGCCCGGUGGUGUGUAAGGGGUACUACCAGAACCCGGCCGCGAACGCGGAGGCGUUUACGGGCGCCUGGUUUCGCACAGGCGAUAUUGCGGAGUUCCGGAAUGGUUUAUUUUAUAUCGUGGAUCGCAAGAAGGAGCUCAUUAAGUACAAGGGGCUGCAAGUCGCACCUGCAGAACUCGAAACCUUGCUACUCAACCACAGUGACAUUCUUGAUGCGGCGGUGAUCGGGAUUGAGGCGGAUGGGGGAACGAACGAGGUGCCGAGGGCGUAUGUUGUUGCCGAUAAGAGUAGGAUUAGUGAAAAGCAGAUUGUGGAGUAUGUGAAGAGGAAUGUUGCGGGGCAUAAGCAGCUGAGGGGCGGUGUGAUUUUUUUGGACACGAUUCCGAAGAGUCCGAGUGGGAAGAUUUUAAGGAAGGAUUUGAGGUUGUUGGCGAAGAGGGAGCAGGGUGCGAAGUUAUGAGUGGUGGAGUCUUGUACGAU